UCUAACCGCUGCCAACAACGUUUAAAGUGUUUUCUCUUAACAGUGUAGAAGAGAGCAUAACGUUGUGUGCUCUUUCCUUAAGGAUAUUACGAACAGUGAAAGGCCACAGCUAGAAAUCCUCAAUGUUGAAUUGGGAUCCACGAACAUGGAUUGGGAUUGGGCAGUUGGCGGUAUAACCGAUGAAAUACCACGUACAACCGGUCCGGAGUGUAUCAACUAUAUGACUAACCGCCGCCGUUGGAUGGAGGCUGUUUUUCUCUCCGCGCUCUUUGUGUACAUUAUGUAUAGAUCUUGGAAGAAGCUAGCGCCCAUUAGACUCCCAGAACCCCAUGAAUUAGAACGUCCACAUACUGCGACACGCCUACUGCUUCUUAUCUUCAUGACUGGGAUUUUUGGGAUUGAAAUGGGCUUUAAGUUGGCUGGACGUUCAAUGAUCUUUGCGCUUAAUCCUUGCCAUGUGCAAACUUGCGUGCAGAUCUAUCUGUUGGCCGCCAAACCCAGUAAAGUGACGACGGCGCUAUUUCGAAUUCAAAUGAACAACUUAAACGGACCUUUCUUGGCUUUCCUUUUUCCCGAGGUCGAAGGUCGCACGUAUCCGUUGGAACAGGCGACCUAUUGGAUACAGCAUGCUUUACUCUACAUAAUACCAAUUUACAUACUAAAAACUGGUACCUAUUCCAUCGAGACAAUUGGCGAUUUCCAAUGGGUGAAAAUUGGCACUGCUCUAAUGCUAUUUUAUCACUUUUCCCUAUUAAAUGCGCUUUCUAUAGUAACGGGCAUAAACUUAGAUCAUAUGCUAUGUGCUGCUUUGUCCGACCCAUUUCAGGGACAAAAUUAUCGCCUGUUUGCCUGUUGCCACGAGGCUUUGCUUUGUCCUUUGCUUAACAAAGGCACAGUAUUGCUUUUCAGUCCACGCAGCCUUUCGACAAUCUCAAGGGGUAAUUGUUUCAGCAAUGUGAGCAAUACAAAUAUGACAACAAAAGAAGUACAGAGGAAUUUUGAUACAAAACCUGUAACCGAGGUCACUUUGUAUGAUCAACUCACGUCGCAAAAAAAUGCAACCCGUGAGGAAGCAAACGAGAGUUUACCUCGCCAACGUUACAAUAUGCAAACGACAACAAGUCACCACACGUUAAGCGACAGUGUCGCCGGAACAAGAACGGCCGAAUAUUCUAUGCCAACGACAAAAAUUGACUAAACAUUUGGGAAUAUGAAAUCAAUAGCAGUGUUAACACUAUCAAAAGAAGUUGUACUUGAAAACGAAAUCUAUAAUACACCAUAGUGUCUUUAAAAAAAGUCAAUUUACAUUCAUACAUAUGUAUGUUUGUAUUCAUGUACAUAUGUAUAUGUAUUUGUUUUCAUGUACAUAUUAUGUACAUAUGUAUGUAUGAGAUGUUUCUAAGUCAUU